AAUGGGUUCAAGAUAAAUCUAAGCCUUGGGUAUUAGCAGGAUUAUCAUCAGCAUUUACUAAAAUAGAUAUUAAUAUUUGGAAUCAAACUCCUACUAACACUAAUGCAAAUGAAUCUGCACAUGCAAAUAUAAACCAAGAUGGUUGUUCUUUAUCACAUUUAGCAGCAAUUUAUCAGUUUCAUGCUGCAAAAACAUAUGAAAAAUAUAAUGUAAAAGAUUCAUAUCAAAAUAAAUCAGAAUUAGCACGUUUAACACUUAAUGCAAAAAAACUCGUAAUGCAACCAUCUAAAUUUACAACUCAAGAACAACAAAACUAUAUUGAAUGGGAAGAUAAAAAACUUGAAAUUCAGCAAAAAAAUUUAGAAUUAUUAAAAGAAGAAAUUAUGCUUUGUGAAAAAUUAAAUAGUCUAAAAAAAUAG